UACAAGCCUUUCUCAGCCAUAGUAGUCUGGAUAUAGCCGAUCCCAGUGUCAUCAUUGAACAUUAUUGCUGUUUUAUUACUCCUAAAUCAGAGAGUCCGUCUGUAGCCUGUUGGUAUCGGCUACAGCCUCUAAUUAGCCGGCCUAAUUGGGAAUAUCUAUCAGCUCAUAUUCUUACUUCGACUUUUCAAGUUUUCAAUCUCCUCUGUGUUUUUAAACCACGGAACUGGAAGGUAUUUGAGGUGUGUAUCAUUGUGAAUUGUUCGUGCUCCUCUGUAAUACUUGUGUAAGCUACAGUGAAUUGGUUAUUAUAUAUCAUAUAUAUAUAUACUUACAUAACAGUUAACAGUGUUGUGUUUUUGCUGUGUAAACACUGUAUAUAGCGAGCCCUGUGUUGUUGUUGGUCAGUGAUACCUGAUAUACUCCGUAUAUAUACCAGGCUAUUGUGUGAUACAUCAGUACCCAUAACAUAUCAGCUAUCUGGCUUCCGUACAAAUUCUUUAUAAAAAAAGGUCAUACCCUGUACAAAUCUACCUACAGAACACCCAAUUUCAUCAUCUACUUGUGAAUUGUAAACUCUUUACAUAAUUCCUUGGUGUGGACCAUUUCGGUGCUGGACCUAAACUUGUGUGCACUCUUUACUCCGUGGACGAAAUACUGAAAGGGUUCAGAUCUGACUGGAUAUUAUCCCUGGGAGUAUACUGAAGAAUUUUAUGACCAUACGGAGGUCUCUGAUUCGUGUGGCCCCAUCUUUGACAUUUUAACUGGGAUAGCCGUUUUACGAGAGUCUGGAGAAAGUUCUGACGGGUGAUAAAUGAACUAGAAGUUCUACUGCCAGUAGAAUCGUGAGGCGCGGGUUCAAUGUGGGAAGCCCUGGCCGCGGGGGUCCGGGCUCUUCAUGAACAAACAUGAACCAGUGGAGCACGAGUAACAUGAGAAUAGGACAAUGUUUCUGUCUCCUGGUCGUGCUUACCUUUUCUGUAGCAGAAAUGCUUCCAAUCUUCCUGGAAGAACCGGAGUCGUCUGUGAUAUCCAAUAUGGCGUCUGUGACGUUACCGUGUAAAGUAACGCCAUCUAGUGCUAAAGUGAGAUGGCGAUUCAAUAUGGAAUUUAUAGAACCAGGAGAAAACGAAAGGCAGGGAUUUAAAAUUAUAGGCACAAACUUACUUAUAAAAAAGUUCAAACAUCGGCGGGAAGGGAUUUACGAGUGUAUCGCAGAAACUGAUCAAGGAUCUGUUACAAGCCGCCCUGCACAAUUAACAAAAGCAGGUAUAAGUAAUUUUGGACCUAGAACAGAUUUAUCUUUAAAUACUACAGAGGGACACGACGUUGUGUUGCCAUGUGUACCACCCGAAAGUCAUCCAGCAGCAAAUAUUAUAUUCGAAUUCAAUGGAACAAUAAUUUCAGGAUCAUCAGAUCAUUACCGGAUUUUAUCAUCAGGGGGAUUACAAGUUACCAAUACCUCUAAAUCGGACCAGGGCCAGUAUCGCUGUAUCGCUAUCAACCCAUUGACCAAUCGAAACAGAACCGCUGAUUAUGUCAUCAACCUAAACGUGAAAACUACAUCUACAGGUCCUAGUCAAGAAGCCGCCAUCAUUACCUCAAAAAACAUUUUUAAGACCCAGAUUGGUGAAAACGUUACUCUGGAGUGUGUGGGCCAAGGAAUGCCUCAGCCCACGAUUGUCUGGGAACCUUAUGGAGGCGAACUGCCAGCCACACGCCACAAAAUGGAAAAAGGACACCUGUUUAUUUGGAACGUACAACACGAGGACAUGGGGACCUACGCCUGUAAAGCCAAUAACGGUAUUGGUAUGGAGACACACAAGGCUAUCAUGUUGGAGGUCCUCGAGCCGCCCAGGGUACAGGCAGAGACUCAGUUCAUCACCAUCAACCCCAGCGAGUCCGUCCGUCUACGAUGCGAGAUCACAGGCUCGCCAGAGAUGCAGGUCAUCUGGUACCACAACGCUGUACCUAUGGGAAAGGUGCUGACUGCCAAAAAUGGAGCCACAACACACACCAUCAAACACAUAAAACCAGAAGAUGGCGGUCUCUAUCAGUGUAUGUGUAGCAAUGAAAUUGGUGUGGCCUACGCCGUCAUUUACGUAGAAGGUGAAAGGUCAGUCUACCCUCUGAUGGAGACGGUGUCGGUUCAAAUAGUGGAGGACGAGGAAAAUAUAAUUCUAAUAGGCGGAAAAAUAGGCGUAACAAGAAACGAAGGAGGAAAUAGGAAGAAAGACAAGAAAACAAACAGAAGGCCGCCAAAUGAUGAGAGUGCUGCCAAGGAUAGGUUAGUUCCCCCAACUGCCCCGGAUGUCAGUCAGCUGUCCGAUAAAUCAGUUAAACUCAACUGGUCUGUCCCCGAAAAUGACGGGCUACAGAUUGUCUUCUUCCGUGUUCAAUACAAAAUCAUAAAACCGAAGAAAAGUCAGUGGAAAACUGAGGACGAGGAAAUUCCAGGCGACCAACGGAUGUACGAGGUCUCCAACCUGAAGCCUGAAGCUCAGUACAAGUUCCGUAUCGCGGCUGUCUACUCCAAUAACGACAACACUGCUGGUCCAAACUCGAAAAAGUUUACACUGAUGGUGAAAAAGUUCAAACAGCCGCGUGCUCCGGAGGGCCGACCAACUAUAGUGAAGGUGGAACCGGUGGAGUACGAGCGUGAGGAGUCUAUCAACAGUAUCCAGGAGUACGGACUCAAUGUCCGAUGGAAGUACAUGCCUGUAAAGACAUCACAAAUAGAAGGCUUUUUCUUAUACUAUAAGCCAUUUAGUUCUCAAGACGAAUAUGAAUCUGUACAAAUGAUGGAACCAACUGCCCGUACUUAUCUUCUUUCUCCUCUCAAACCAAAUACGGAAUACUCCAUCAAAAUUCAGAGCUUCAAUGCCGCUGGUAAUAGUGACUUCAGCAAUGCUGUGGUAAAGCGGACGUUAGGUGGUAGCGGGAUUAUGAUUUUCCCGCCACCAACAGGUGAAGGAAAUGGAGGAAAUCCAUCAACAGAUCCGGAGAAUCCCGUAAAGGCUGCCCAGCCGAGUUCGGAAGUGGACGGUCCUAUACCGACGAACACUAAGUCUAGUAGUGAGAUGUUGUAUAUGAUUCUGGGAAUCGUACUUGGAGUUAUGAUGUUAUUCCUCAUUGUGUUUAUGUUCAUGUGCUGGUGGAAACAACGGCAGCAGCGAAGGAUGAUGGAUGCUAUGAACGACCACAUGAGAGUAAGUAAAUUUCAAGAUUCGGCUCAGCGAAUUCACGCGGACAGUUUACGUAAAAAAUACGCUGGUGUGAAUGGACUGAAUGGCUCAGUAGCCAAUGGGCAUGUGCCGAAUUCUUAUACAAAAAUGAACAUAAGUGUGAAUCCGUUGACGGAUGUGGACCCCCAUACAUUCAGUAAUGGCUAUGGAGGCCAUGGGGUGUCAACCACUUAUCAGCCUCCAAACAGUUUCAUGCCCAACGGGACAGUACCAAACCACCCUGGGGGUAGUGACAAUAAUUUUAAUAAAAUAAACAGAAGUAUGGACAGUUCAAUGCAUCGAGGUAUGGAGCAUGCAGACAACUGCUUACAACAGUCAGGGUCGCUCGGGGACGAGGGAUGUCCCUUACAGAGCCCAGACUCCCUAGGGGGUGGGGAGGCGCCGGCCUGUCCCCCAUCUCCUCACUCCAGUAAUGUACCAAGCUGUUUUGACCAAUUUCACUCGGAUUCCCCUGGGAGAUAUUCAAAUUCGAAUCGAUCAUGUGACCAGCUGGCUAGGUCAUGUGAUCAACUUCAAGGUGAAGGUGUUGUGAGGAGUUCAUAUGACAGUUCAACUGUGAAUAGUGUGGACGGGGAAAGUGUGGGCAAACAGAAACGGCGGCGACGGAGAGCCCAGGCGCGGGAACAGAUGACACGUGAUCAAGCUACGAACACAGACCUCAGCAGCAACGAAGGAACAAUAGAAUUUUCCACGUUCAGUAAAGUACCGAGUGAUUGUCACAGCCCUAGCCACAGUACUGGGGGAGAUUGUUCACCUGUUCGGACUUAUGUUUCUGAUCGCGCCGCACACCUCGACUGCCCAGACAGGUGUGAUGGUGUCUGACACAAAUUUCUCGUUAUGUGAAAUGGACACAGCAGAUGGAUUUGUUUGUCAAAUUUGUAUCAAAACAAGUUUUUUCGAUGCCAACUCACCUCAAGUUAUCAUGUUGUCGAAAGUGUGGCAUUUAAAUUUGUGUUAAUUAUUGUAACAAAAUAACGAGAAGAUUUUUUUUUUUUUUUUUUUUUUCGUUUUGUUGAAUUUGAGCCAGAAUUGAGUUGUACCUGUAUGGAACUGGCAUUCAUGUACUCAUGAAACACUUCAUACUCCUGCCCCUUAGAAGGCAUGGUUUGAAUCCAUGGACGCUAGGUUGGUUAGAGGGGAAGAUGGAGUUGAACAUUGAACAAAAUACUCAGGAUUUUUGUUGUCACAAGAGAGUUGUCAUACAAGAGCCUAUCUUGUUGUGAUGGUUUGUAAUUAUAUUGAGAAGAAACUGCCAAAGGAUUUUUCUUUUUCUCUGAGCAUCAAAAAUAGGUACAUGUUCUUGUGAUAUUUAAUAAUGAAAACACUGCAGUGUUUAUAAUCUUAAAAAUGAAGUAUCAAUUGGAUAGUUACUUUAUGUAAUAGGUAAUCAAAUAUUUCAUUCAUCAGUAAACUGCCAAAUGUGAAAAUCUUACUAGAGUUACUCCCCUUGAAGCACAGUGAGCGAUAUUACAACAGUACAAUGUAGACUGAACAUGAGAAUCUUUAUAAAUUUUUCUUCAUAUAAAUACUACAAAAAAAAAGUCAGAUCUAUUUGGAUUCCUGUAUUUCUUUGACGAGAUUUUUAUCUUUAUUAAUUUCUGAUGAAAAAUUUAUGAAGAGUAUUUUUUCUUAAAUUGAAAGUUAAAAAAUGAUAGAAGUUUAUUCAAAAUUGUUGAGCUUAAAGAUAGCUAGAUUUCUAAAGUUUUGAUUACAAGAUUUUAUUUUUUCGUGCUCACUGCUGUAAGGGAUGACUGGCUUUUUAAGAAACUUUCCUAAAUUUACGAAAUAUCCAGCAUUAAUUAACAUGCCACCAAGACAAAGGUUCCUAGUAAUCAUUGUCUAAAAAUAGAUACGGAAGGAUUUAAAUCUAAAAAUAGAUACAGAAGGAUUUAAAACAAGUUAAAAUUGCUAAUCAAAAUAAUGAGUUUUGUUUAUUUAAGUGAAGAUAUCUUCAUUUAACUCAAUUGUGUAUACAGAUUGCAUGGAAUGAACUGAAGGGUAAAAAUUUGUUUUUAACGACUAGAAGAGACGGCCGAUCACAGAAAACUCUACCCACAUCAGCUCCAAAUGUUCUCUUUUUUCAUCUUAUAAUAAGGAUUCAAGUGUAUAUUGGGCUAUAGCUUUGGUCGCCAAUGGUUUGGACUGAAUUUGUCAAAGUUUAGUUCUCUGCCAAAUUUGAGAUCUGGAAUUGAAAAUUGAAUUCUUGAUUUUGUCUUAUUGAAUCUAAGUGUAUAUAUACUUAGUAUAUCAGUGUGUCAAAACCUAACAACAUUUGUUUACAUCAAUAUGAUUUAGUUGUCCUUAUGGACAGGUCUUUAUUGAGACAUUUUCUGAAAGGUACAACAUAUACACAGUCUUUCUUGUCUUCUUAUCAAGCAUUUCGAGUCAGAAUUUUGGUAAAUAUCUUGAUCAUAAAGAGUUAUUUCCCUUUGUUCAAUUUUUAUGUUGGCAAAAAAGUUUUGGAAAGAGAUUGUGAAUUACUGGUAGUUACCUGUGUUGAUUAAGCUCAAAUCAAAACAUAUUUCUGGGGAAUAAUUGAUCAUCUUGGAUUGAUUUAAGAAAAUACUCAUACCAUAAAAAUCUCAUAAAUUUUUAUUUGAACAUUUCCUUUUCCUUACAAAGCCUGUGUAAUGAGUCGUAGACGUGAAUACAAUUUUUCAUCCUUCAGUAUUAUUUCGCCUGAUCUGGCUAUAAGUUAGUCUGUGAUUGAUUUGUUUUGUAUUGAUUGAAAUCCACUAGAUAUUGAGAGUCAUAUUAAGGCCGAUAUAUGAGACAGAUGUGUCUGUAACGGUUGUUACACACCAUGUAAUCAGUAAUAUGCGUGUAUGUAUUAGGUCGUAUAUACUAUGGUCUGGGACCGAUGCCACUUACCGUCGUAUCCGGCAUCGUCCCAAACCAUCUUUAAGGGUAAAUUACAAAACAUUUAUAAGAUAUUAAUUGAUUCAUGUGUUUUUUUGUAUUAUUGUAUCUUUAUGCUCAGUGCAAAAACGAUAUAAAACUCACCAUGUUCAUUUUUCUUCAUUAUUUUAUUCUGAAAAACGAGAAUUUUCACCAAAUUUGUUUCUUAAGUUAAUUUUGUUAUAAGCUGUAAAUAGAACAUUGUUCAGUAUUAUCCUAUAUGUAUAAUGAUGUUAAAACCUGAACAUUAUUUUAACUUAAUAAACUAUAAAUAUGAAAUGGUAUCCAUAUGUGUCCCAAAAAUCAUGUUGUAUUUAUCGUAUUUUAUGUUACUGCCCGAGGUCCAUGUAAAUCUUGUAGAUGUACCCGUGCAACGGACGGCCGAGUGAGUAUGGCAGAAUGAAUCAACAUUGGAGUGUGUGUCGGUGUUGUGAGAUAGAUAUGUGUACACGAGAUUGAGACAGGUGAGGACUUGGUGAAGGGGAGAGGAAUUCUGUCGGGAAAUGUUUGGGUCAAUACCUGUCAACUCUUGGUGAAUCUGUGUGAUUCUAUGGAAAGUUUUAUUCCAUCGGGGAAAAAUCUCAUGGAAUCCAUAGGGUUUUAACAUUUAUACAUAUAGGUUAUCUUCUAUGAAGAUCUAAUUUGAUAGAAUUUGGAGAUCAAUUCAUUUAAAUAAAAAUGUUUUCUAGGCUAUAAGUAAUUGUAAACCAUCAAAUGUGAUUUUAUUUUAUUUUUUUUCUAAAUGCAAUCUGUGAUAUUCUGAAAACAUUUAUGUAAAAAACUUCAAAUUGUUGACAGACUUCCUCAUCCCUUCCUGAGUUCAAGUGACUGAUUUAAAUGGUAUAUAGGGCAUGUUUGUGUUUGUGUGAAUUUGUAUGCCUGUAUGCGAGAUUGUGAUGAUCUUGUGUGAAUCAAGAAGAAAAUUUAAUAAAAUCUGAAGUAACCAAUUGAAAACUAACAACAGUGUUUUGAUAUAAAUUUAAAUCAAAUAUUUACAGAACUAGGUAAAAAUAAAAAUGGAGAGUUCUAACAUUUCUUUUCAUAUUUACUGGUAUAUUGUAUAAAAAGCCAGGAUGUUUAACAAAAUUAUUUAACAUGGUAGAUAUUGUAUCUCCCCCGUACAGUCUAAACAUUUUAGUUCAUCAUUCUUAGCUAAAUGGACAAAUGGCAGUAACGGCAAUGAUGUGUCCAUAUAAAGUUAUCAGCAUGAUAUACCAACUAGAUAAUUUCUGAAAAAAGAGAUUUUUUUUAAAUGCUCACAGAUGCCACAAGCGUAUUGUUUUUGAUGUAUUUGAUGGUUGAAUGUAUUGGAUUUAUGACGUAAUAGUGCUAAUUAAUGGUAUCAGAACACUUGAAGAGGUUGAUAUUUCAUGUUAGGAUGGGAGAGUUUCAGAGAGAGUAGGUGUGUACUUGGUGCAAUGCUAAAUGUGAUAAAUUUACACCUUCCUGCUUCAGCUCUUCCUUAGUCCCAUUAGCCAAUCACAAGGAGUUUUGUCAGUGUGUACUGUAAUUUUAACCAAUCACAAGAGACCUUGUAUGAACGUACCAUCUUUUGAACCAAUCACAAGAGACCUUUUAUGAAGCAAUUCUUUGUUAUCCAAUCACAAGAGAACUUAAAGGGACAUACUAUCUUUUAGUCAAUCACAAGGCAUUUUGCCUGUGUAUGAUGAUAUCAACUAAUCACAGGUAACAUUCUCCUUGUCUCUGAUUCGGUUUUCUAAGUGAUCACUUGAUAGACAGUCAACUGCAUAAUCACCCGCCCUGCUUCAUUUUACCAUACAGUUGAAUUGUUUUGAAUAAAAACAAAACCAAAACCAAAAAUUGUAGUUGGAGGUUUUCGACAUGAAAGGCUGCUUAAGGUUGAAGGUUAGAGCACAUAGGCAUGUAGGCCACUUGUGGUUGGAGGUUGGGACUAAGGAAGAAAAGGACGCAGGAGAAAACUAAUGUCAUUUUCAUUUGUGUUCAUUAAUGUCCUUUAUGGCCAGGAGUUUAAACAGUCGUCAUUGUACAUAAAGACAACAAAGUAAAAAUUAAAUUACAACAAUGA